AUGUACCCUCCGGCCAAGCACUUGUGGAAGGCCCGAGGCCUUUUUAAAGUUUUGGAUGCCUUGGGAAACAUGGCUUUUGGUUGGCCAAUAAAUAUUCCUGAUUCACUUCAGGAUCUUUGCCUGAAUCUCUUUGUGAAGAAUCCAAGGGCCUUGGCCACCAUCACCAAUGGCAACCGCUACACAUUACGACCGGGCAUUUUUCUGCCCCAAGAAAUAUGUGAGGGCCUUCUGCGGGCCUGGCGUGAGCGACCCGAGGAGCUCACUGAUGACAUUCUACACAUUUUCGAAGACACCUCACGGACACGCCUCACAAAGCUGAACCUCUCCCAGACAUCAGUCAGCAAUGAGGGGUUGGCAUACAUACAAAAUCAUGCCCUCAGCGACCUCUGCCUCUUGUCGUGCUCAAAGAUUGUCCCGUCAUGCACGCUGUUCAAAAUGCUCAACUCUGCUGGACAGUCUUUACGGACAUUGCAGCUGGGGGGUUUUGAAAACUUGCACCUUAAGUUGGAGGAUUACUUUAAAGAGUACGGUGGGGGAGGUGGUGGAGGUGGAGCUGGUACCAGUGCAGGUGCCAGUGCUGUUGCUGAUGGGGAGAUGGAAACCGAACUUAUAGAUAAUGACAAACUAGUGAUUUUUAAUUGUCCCAAUCUCCAGUGUCUGUCACUGAGAAAGGUCUGUUUCAAGAGUAACCCGUUACUGCUGAAUUCGGUUCUAAUGCCCCUGCAUAGACUCACUGUCUUGGACCUGUACCAUUGUGAGCUGAAGCCAGACAGCUUUGACUUUCUUUGCCAUGUGCCCAAUCUGCUGUCGCUCAGUCUGGCCCAAGUUCAUCUUCCAAAAGAUCUGGACAAUAUUGUGAAUACCAUAUGCAAGUUUGUUUGCAAGCUGAGACAUCUUGAUUUGGGCAUGCUAGAUCAAAGAGUUCCCACAAAUUACAAAGACCCUGAAAGAAUUCUUACAAAACUCAUGGAUGGUCUUCCUGAUCUUGUAUCUCUGGACAUUUCUGGUACAAAUCUUGCUGGAGAGAAAGCCAUGACUCCCGAGUCCCAUCGAUUAGGAGUUCGAAGGACAAAACAGAUCAAGGAUGACUCCGAUGAAGUUUGCAGCUGUCUUUUUGUUCUGUCUCUCUCUCUCAGCUGUCUUUUGUUCUGUCUCUCUCUCUCCAGCUGUCUUUUGUUCUGUCUCUCUCUCUCCAGCUGUCUUUUGUUCUGUCUCUCUCUCAGCUGUCUUUUGUUCUGUCUCUCUCUCUCCAGCUGUCUUUUGUUCUGUCUCUCUCUCUCCAGCUGUCUUUUGCUCUGUCUCUCUCUCUCCCGCCGUCUUUUGCUCUGUCUCUCUCUCUCCCGCCGUCUUUUGCUCUGUCUCUCUCUCUCUCCCCUGUCUUUUUUGCUCUGUCUCUCUCUCUCCCUUGCGUCUUUUUGCUCUGUCUCUCUCUCUCCCAUACGUCUUUUGCUCUCUCUCUCUCUCUCCCUCUUUUGCUCUGUCUCUCUCUCUCCCCUCUUCUUUUGCUCUGUCUCUCUCUCUCCCUUGAUCUUUUGCUCUGUCUCUCUCUCUCCCUUCCGUCUUUUUGCUCUGUCUCUCUCUCUCCCUCCCGUCUUUUGCUCUGUCUCUCUCUCUCUCCUACCGUCUUUUUGCUCUGUCUCUCUCUCUCCCGUCUUUUGCUCUGUCUCUCUCUCUCCCGCCGUCUUUUUGCUCUGUCUCUCUCUCUCCCCGUCUUUUGCUCUGUCUCUCUCUCUCCCCUUCCGUCUUUGCUCUGUCUCUCUCUCUCCUGCCGUCUUUUGCUCUGUCUCUCUCUCUCUCCCAUCCGUCUUUUGCUCUGUCUCUCUCUCUCCGCCGUCUUUUUGCUCUGUCUCUCUCUCUCUCCCGCCGUCUUUUGCUCUCUCUCUCUCUCCCCGCCGUCUUUUGCUCUGUCUCUCUCUCUCCCUUCUUUUUCUUUCUGUCUCUCUCUCUCCCUUCUUUUUCUUUCUGUCUCUCUCUCUCCCUUCUUUUUCUUUCUGUCUCUCUCUCUCCCUUCUUUUUCUUUCUGUCUCUCUCUCUCCCGCCGUCUUUUGCUCUGUCUCUCUCUCUCCCGCCGUCUUUUGCUCUGUCUCUCUCUCUCCCGCCGUCUUUUGCUCUGUCUCUCUCUCUCCCGCCGUCUUUUGCUCUGUCUCUCUCUCUCCCGCUACGUCUUUUGCUCUGUCUCUCUCUCUCCCCGUCUUUUUUUGCUCUGUCUCUCUCUCUCCCGCCGUCUUUUUCUGUCUCUCUCUCUCUCCGUCUUUUUUGCUCUGUCUCUCUCUCUCCCUUGGGCGUCUUUUGCUCUGUCUCUCUCUCUCCCGCCGUCUUUUGCUCUGUCUCUCUCUCUCCCUUAGUCUGUCUCUCUCUCUCUCCCCCCGUCUUUUUGCUCUGUCUCUCUCUCUCCCCCGUCUUUUGCUCUGUCUCUCUCUCUCCCGUGUGUCUCUUUGCUCUGUCUCUCUCUCUCCCCCUUUUUUGCUCUGUCUCUCUCUCUCUCCACCCGUCUUUUGCUCUGUCUCUCUCUCUCCCUUCCCUUUUUGCUCUGUCUCUCUCUCUCCCCCCGUCUUUUUGCUCUGUCUCUCUCUCUCCCGCCGUCUUUUGCUCUGUCUCUCUCUCUCCCUUGGACCUCUUUUGCUCUGUCUCUCUCUCUCUCCCUUGUCUUUUGCUCUGUCUCUCUCUCUCCAUGAUCUUUUGCUCUGUCUCUCUCUCUCCAUGAUUCUUUUGCUCUCUGUACUUUCUUUUUCACUCUCUCUCUCUCUCAGCCACUGUACUUUAUUUUUUCUCUUUCUCGUGGCCGUUGCACUUUAUUUUUUCUCUCUCUUGACUGCUGUAAUUUUUUUCUCUCUCAUUAAACUGCUGUACUUUAUUUUUUUCUCUUUCUCUCUCUCUCUUUCUCUCUUGAACACUGUACUUUAUUUUUUCUCUUUCUCUCUCUCUUUCAACUGCUGUACUUUGUUUUUUCUCUUUCUCUCUCUCUUUCAACUGCUGUACUUUAUUUUUUCUCUUUCUCUCUCUCUUUCAACUGCUGUACUUUAUUUUUUCUCUUUCUCUCUCUCUUUCAACUGCUGUACUUUAUUUUUUCUCUUUCUCUCUCUCUUUCAACUGCUGUACUUUGUUUUUUUUUCUCUCUUUCAACUGCUGUACUUUGUUUUUUUUUCUCUCUCUCGACUGCUGUACUUUGUUUUUUUUUUCUCUCUCUCGACUGCUGUACUUUGUUUUUUUUCUCUCUCAACCGCUGUACUUUAUUCUUUUCUCUCUCCAUUUCUUUUUUCUCCUCUCUUCCUUUACAAUCUCUUUCGAAGAUCAGUUGUUCGGAACCAAGCAGCAGCUCUUGAGGCGAUAUUAUCUUGCAUGAAACAACAUCCUAAAGAUUGGCAUGUUCAGAUAUCUGGCAGUGCAUCUUUAUUUUACAUUGUAAAAGGAGAACAGAUGGCACAUGCCCCACGGAAAUUACGAAAGAAAGCUAUUGAUAUACUUCUUGAUGCAAUGGAAAAUAGAGAUGAUGAACAAACAAUGCUGAGGAAUGGAUUUUUGACACUUUGCCAUUUUGAUAUUCCACAUGAAGUGCUUUACUGUUAUAAACGUCUUGUGAAGAUCCUCCUGGGAGCUGUCACUCCUGAGCACCAAGACCACCUAGUUCAACGUAUCGGUAUCUCUUUGCUCAACUGUCUCGCUUGUCAAGUUGACGGCACUGAGAAGAGAAUGGUGGGUAAACUAGGAGUCAUUAGCGCAAUGUUGUCUAUUGUAAGAAGAAAACUUGAAAGCAAAGUCUGUGACGAAACUUUAGAAGUCUCUUGGAGUACGAUGUGGAAUGUAACUGAUGAAACUCCAUCAAACUGUGAAAAAUUUAUGGAUGGAGAUGGUAUGGAGUUAUUUAUUCAAUGCCUCAAGGAAUUUCCUGAAAAACCAGAACUUCUCCGUAACAUGAUGGGCCUUAUGGAGUUUGCAGCAGAAAAACGCAUGACCAGUCAGAAACAGACAAACACUGAUGCUUACUUUUUUCAUUUCCUUUUUUCUUUUCUUGAUUCUUUUUUUCUCUCUGUCUCUCUUUCUUUUUCUCUCUGUCUCUCUUUCUUUUUCUCUCUGUCUCUCUUUCUUUUUCUCUCUGUCUCUCUUUCUUUUUCUCUCUGUCUCUCUUUCUUUUUCUCUCUGUCUCUCUUUCUUUUUCUCUCUGUCUCUCUCUCUCUCUGUCUCUCUCUCUCUCUCUGUCUGUCUCUCUUUCUGUCUUUCUUUUUCUCUCUCUCUUUUUCUCUCUGUCUCUUUCUUUCUUUCUUUGUCUGUCCCUUUCUUUCUUUCUUUCUUUGUCUGUCCCUUUCUUUCUUUCUUUCUUUGUCUGUCCCUUUCUUUCUUUCUUUCUUUGUCUGUCCCUUUCUUUCUUUCUUUCUUUGUCUGUCCCUUUCUUUCUUUCUUUGUCUGUCCCUUUCUUUCUUUCUUUGUCUGUCCCUUUCUUUCUUUCUUUGUCUGUCCCUUUCUUUCUUUCUUUGUCUGUCCCUUUCUUUCUUUCUUUCUUUGUCUGUCCCUUUCUUUCUUUCUUUCUUUGUCUGUCCCUUUCUUUCUUUCUUUCUUUGUCUGUCCCUUUCUUUCUUUCUUUGUCUGUCCUUUCUUUCUUUCUUUCUUUGUCUGUCCCUUUCUUUCUUUCUUUCUUUGUCUGUCCCUUUCUUUCUUUCUUUCUUUGUCUGUCCCUUUCUUUUUUUUUCUUUCUUUGUCUGUCCCUUUCUUUCUUUCUUUCUUUCUUUGUCUGUCCUUUUUUUCUUUCUUUCUUUGUCUGUCCCUUUCUUUCUUUCUUUCUUUGUCUGUCCCUUUCUUUCUUUCUUUCUUUCUUUGUCUGUCCCUUUCUUUCUUUCUUUCUUUGUCUGUCCCUUUCUUUCUUUCUUUCUUUGUCUGUCCCUUUCUUUCUUUCUUUGUCUGUCUGUCUCUUUCUUUCUUUCUUUGUCUGUCUGUCUCUUUCUUUGUCUGUCUGUCUCUUUCUUUGUCUGUCUGUCUCUUUCUUUUGUCUGUCUGUCUCUUUCUUUCUUUCUUUGUCUGUCUCUUUCUUUCUUUCUUUGUCUGUCUCUUUCUUUCUUUCUUUGUCUCUUUCUUUCUUUCUUUGUCUCUUUCUUUCUUUCUUUGUCUCUUUCUUUCUUUCUUUGUCUCUUUCUUUCUUUCUUUGUCUCUUUCUUUCUUUCUUUGUCUCUUUCUUUCUUUCUUUGUCUCUUUCUUUCUUUCUUUGUCUGUCUGUCUCUUUCUUUCUUUCUUUGUCUGUCUGUCUCUUUCUUUCUUUCUUUGUCUGUCUGUCUCUUUCUUUCUUUCUUUGUCUGUCUCUUUCUUUCUUUCUUUCUUUGUCUGUCUCUUUCUUUCUCUCUUUCUUUGUCUGUCUGUCUCUUUCUUUCUCUCUUUCUUUGUCUGUCUGUCUCUUUCUUUCUCUCUUUCUUUGUCUGUCUGUCUCUUUCUUUCUCUCUUUCUUUGUCUGUCUCUUUCUUUCUCUCUUUCUUUGUCUGUCUCUUUGUCUCUCUCUUUCUUUGUCUGUCUGUCUCUUUCUUUCUUUGUCUGUCUGGUAACAUCUCUGAGGUGAAGUACUUGAGGCCAAGACUGAUGAAGCUAAAAUACAUCAGCAAGUUCAGUGAACUGCUAAAUUCUACAAGUGAUGGAAUUGAAGUCAGCUACAAUGCAGCUGGAGUUUUGUCUCACAUAGCUUGUGAUGGACCUAAAGCUUGGACCAUCGAGAGCCCAAGGCGGACAGAUGUUCUCAAGACAAUGGUCAGUGUCAUUGAAAGCUGGGAUAUUUCUGCUAAACGCAAUAUCAAUUACAGCCUAUUUUUAUUUUUCUUCCUUUUUCUUUAUUAUUUUUAUUUUCUUUCUUUUUAUUUUCUUUCUUUUCUUUCAUUUUCCUUUUUUCUUCCUUCCUUUAUUCUUUUUCCCCCUCCUUUCUCUCUUCCCCCUUCUCUCUCCUUUUUGUUAUUUCUUUGUCUUUUUCCUUUCUUUUUUUUCUGUAUCUCUGUUUCCUUUUCACUUUUUCUUUCUCUUUUUAUUAUCUUUCUCUUUUUUCUUUCCUUUCUCUUUUUUCUUUCCUUUCUCUUUUUUCUUUCCUUUCUCUUUUUUCUUUCCUUUCUCUUUUUUCUUUCCUUUCUCUUUUUUCUUUCCUUUCUCUUUUUUCUUUUUUUUCUUUCCUUUCUUUUUUCUUUCCUUUCUUUUUUCUUUCCUUUCUUUUUUCUUUCCUUUCUUUUUUCUUUCCUUUCUUUUUUCUUUCCUUUCUUUUUUCUUUCCUUUCUUUUUUCUUUCCUUUCUUUUUUCUUUCCUUUCUUUCCUUUCUCUUUUUUCUUUCCUUUCUCUUUCUCUUUUGUCUUCUUUGUCUUCAUUCUCCUUUUUUAUUCUUUUUCUUUCACAUUUUUGUCCUUUGAACCUAUAUUGCGACUUGUACAAGCUUAUGACACACCUGAGGCUCAACACUGGGCGGUUUGGGCUUUAUGUAAUCUUACUCAUGUAUACCCUGAACGUUAUUGCUCUCUUCUUGAGAAGGAAUCCGGGGUAGAGAUCCUGAUGGCUGUGGUGGCCGAUCCUCGACCAUAUGCACGCAUCAAGGACCUUGCACUAAAGGUGGUAAACCAAAUCACAGAGUAUAAGAACAAGCCGAGCGAGGCAAAGGAAGCAUCUGUGUCGCAUGUUGACUCUGAGAUGACAUCCGAAGAGGAAGAUGAUGAUGACGAUGAUGAAGAGGAGGUGGUAGAGGAAGAGGAGGAGGAAGAGGAGAAUGUAGUAGCAGCAGCAGCAGCAGAGGAGGAGCGGGGAGAGGAGAGGGAUAUGCUGGCUUACCUUCAUUUUUUUAUCUUCUUUUUGUACCCACUCCUGUCACAUUCCUAUUUCUUCUCUCUUUCCUCUCUCUGCUUUCCAAUUCGCUACCUUAAAGAAUCCCUCCCUCCCUCCAAUACUCAUUCGUUUCUUAGUCCCUCCCCCAUUCUCUUUAGUGUAAUCUUUUCCUUAUUGUUUGGCCCUCUUUUUUUUCUUUCUCUCCUAUUUUUUUCCCUUUUGGCUCCCACUCUCCUUCAGAAAGGAUUGUCUCAUCUUCUUUUCUCUCUCUUCUAUUCUCUCUCUCUUCUAUUUUUUCUCUCUCUCUGUCUCCUAUUUCUCUCUCUCUCCUAUUGUCUCUCUCUCUCCCUCUCUCCUAUUGUCUCUCUCUCUCUCCUCUCUCCUAUUGUCUCUCUCUCUCUCCUAUUGUCUCUCUCUCUCUCUCUCUCCUAUUGUCUCUCUCCCUCUCUCCUAUUGUCUCUCUCCCUCUCUCCUAUUCUCUCUCUCUCUCUCCUAUUGUCUCUCUCUCUCUCUCCUAUUGUCUCUCUCUCUCUCUCUCUCUCCCUCUCUCCUAUUGUCUGUCUCUCUCUCUCUCUCUCCCUCUCUCCUAUUGUCUGUCUCUCUCUCUCUCUCUCCUAUUUUCACUAA